UAUUCAUUUGAUGGUAAAUAAAGCAAUAUCGCUCGAUGAAAAUCCAUCAAUAGAGGAAUUUUACGGGUUUCGUGCAAUGGUGAGGGAUGAAGGAUCUAUUUUUUUUGUAUAUGUGCAACAGGCAGAUAGGAUUCAUGUUCAAGCAAAUUAUAGAAGAGAGGAGCUAAUGGGUGAAGAUGAUCAAACAACACAACAUUCCCAAGCAGUCUCGAAUUAUGAACCAACAAAUAUUGAGAAUGUGACGUACAUGACAGCACAGACUCCAGAAAUAUCAAGGAACCCAAGUCUUUCAUCACUUGAAAAUGUAUUUAGUAGUAAUCAACCUCAACAUUUUGACAAAGCCCCAAACUUUGUGGAUGGUGAUGAGUUGGAGGAUGCAAAUCAAGGUGCAAGCCAAGGUGGUGAACCAUCGGUGAAGAAAAAGCGUACAAUCAUUCCUAAGCUUUGUGGGACUGGGAGUCAUUAUCUUAAUCAGCACGACCAAAAAAACAAAACAAAAGUUUCUGUGUUGACAAAGAAAAAAGACAAAGGAUCAAUCAACAUGAAGAAAAAAAGUUUAUAAUUUUUCGCUUGAGAUGCAUUACUUUACUUUCAGAAUGGUGUUUAGCUUCAAUUUUUAAUAGUUUGAAAUUCAUAUUGUAGAUUGGAUAUAGGAAGAAAAAGAAGAUAACUUGGAGCUAAUUUUUCACUCUUCUUGCAGAUUGAAAAAGUGUUGCUCAUUUUUGUUCUUCUUAUGUAAAAAUUAAGUCUAGUUUUUUGAAACUCCGGCAAGAAACUCCAUUUUAGUGGUUAAUAUUUUUUCACUUAACUUUGUAUGGUGUCAAGUAUUUUAGUAUGUGUAAUUUUAUGUAUUUUGUACUUCUGACCAUGUUUGAGGUUGACAUAUUAACUAAUACCA